AACCUCUUUAAAUCAGACAAUGAUGCCUGCAUCAAAUGGCUAAACGAAAGGCCAAAAGGGUCUGUUGCUUAUGUAUCCUUUGGCAGCGCAGCGAAACUUGACGAUGAGCAAACGAAGGAGCUGGCUUGGGGUUUGAGAAGGAGCAAAAGUAACUUCUUGUGGGUGGUUAGAGCAUCAGAAGCAGCUAAGGUGCCAAAAGGGUUCGUCGAGGAAACAUCGGAGAAGGGUUUGGUGGUCUCAUGGUGCUCCCAAUUGGAGGUUUUGGUUCAUGAGGCUGUUGGAUGCUUUGUUACACAUUGUGGUUGGAACUCAACUUUGGAGGCUUUGAGUUUGGGGGUUCCAAUGUUGGCAAUGCCACAAUGGACUGACCAAAGAACCAAUGCCAAGUUCAUUAUGGAUGUGUGGAAAAUAGGGAUCACAGCUCCAUCUGAUGAGAAAGGGAAGGUGAGAGAAGAAGUAGUGGAACAUUGCAUAAGUGAAAUAAUGGAGGGAGAGAGAGGGAAAGAAAUGAAAAUCAACGCCCUCAAAUGGAAGGAGUUGGCUAAAAAGGCAGCGGAUGAAGGUGGAAGUUCAGACAAAAACAUUGACGAGUUCAUUUCAAAGCUGGUUCAGUGAUGGCUAUGUGCUAGAAAAGCCACAUAAGUAAAAUAAAAACAGCUUUUAAGCACUACGUGUGAUUCCAAUAAGAUUGUAAUCCAAAUCUUAUCAAUGGUCGUUGUCAUCUUAUAAAUAUGUCUUUUCAUCUUGGUA